UUGCUGCCUCUUACCAUUAUUGGAAUAGAAGCUGAGAAGCAGGAGACAUGUUGGAAACAAUUGAUACACAUCGGGCCCUCCAGGCCAUGGAGCGCUUGCAGGCAAAACUUCGGGAUCGAGGUGACAUUGCAAACGAGGAGAAACUGAGCUUACUAAAAUCAGUGCUGCAGAGUCCUCUCUUUAACCAAAUUCUCAACCUUCAGACUUCUGUUCAACAACUGAGAGAUCAGGUAAAUAUUACACCUUCCAUACAUUCCACUGGUGAAUUCCCCCAGCUUCUCCAUCAUGGUGUGAACGUGGGGUCCUUGCCACAUAAUGAGUCAUAUUUGUUGGCUCAGCAGAAUGGCAGUCCAGCUAAUGUGCUAGAAGCAUCGAUGAGAUCCAUUACUCCUCAGAUUAAUGGAAAGUCCUCUAAUGAUGACUUCGAGCAGCUGAUCAGAAAUAUGUCCCAGGGUCGUCUUGUUGAGACCAUUGAGCUUAUUAAACCUUUAAGUGGUGGUCUGGGCUUCAGUGUCGUGGGACUCAAGAGUGAAAACAGGGGAGAACUAGGAAUAUUUGUGCAAGAAAUCCAGGAGGGAAGUGUGGCACAUAGAGAUGGAAAGCUGAAGGAAGCAGAUCAAAUCCUUGCUAUUAACGGACAAGCCCUUGAUCAGACAAUUACACAUCAACAGGCUAUCAGCAUCCUACAGAAAGCAAAAGAUAAUGUCCAGCUAGUUGUGGCCAGGGGCGCUUUCCCUCAGCUCAUCAGUCCUGUAGUUUCCCGGUCUCCAUCUGCUGCUAGCACAGUUUCAGCCCAUUCCAACCCGGUUCACUGGCAGCAUGUGGAGACCAUUGAGUUGGUGAACGAUGGCUCAGGUCUGGGAUUUGGGAUAGUGGGAGGAAAAUCAACUGGAGUGAUUGUUAAAACCAUCCUCCCAGGAGGGGUGGCUGAUCAGCAUGGGAGAUUGUGUAGUGGAGACCAUAUCUUGAAAAUUGGGGAUACGGACCUGGCUGGAAUGAGCAGUGAGCAGGUGGCACAAGUUCUGAGGCAGUGUGGAAAUCGAGUGAAACUGGUAAUUGCAAGAGGUCCCAUUGAGGAGGCACCUCCACCAGCAGUCCCUCCAGGUACACCAGUACCCAUCUCCACACCAGAGAAACAGGCAGAUGCUUCUGUUGAUAGCUCUGAAGAUGGGGAGAAAUUUAAUGUUGAACUCACUAAAAACAACCAGGGAUUAGGAAUAACUAUUGCUGGUUACGUUGGAGACAAAACGUCAGAACCUUCUGGUAUCUUUGUGAAAAGCAUUACAAAAGGCAGUGCUGUUGAACAUGAUGGCAGAAGGCAUGUGGGAGAUCAAAUUAUAGUUGUGGAUGGAACAAAUCUUCAGGGUUUUACUAACCAGCAAGCAGUUGAUGUUUUGCGGCACACGGGACAAACGGUUCGUCUCACUUUGAUCAGAAGAGGGCUUAAGCAGGAAAAUCAUAUUCAGCCCCAGGAGGACUUCAGUGCUGCUGUUGAAAAGGACUUACUGUUCCAAACAAUGGAUAGUAGCACAGCCAAAGAUAACAGUGAAAUAGAACAGGGCUCCCCAUCACUGCCAUGCAGUGCCAGUGUGGUAAAUAUCGGAGAGGACAUGAAACAACAGGAAACAGAUUUCCAGCUAACUACUACAGAAGCAGCAGCUACGAAGGCAAAGUGGCAGAGGAUUAUGGGUUCGAAUUAUGAAAUAGUGGUGGCUAUAGUUAACAAAUUUAGUGAAAGCAGUGGGUUAGGGAUAAGCCUUGAAGCUACAGUGGGACAUCAUUUCAUCAGAUCUAUCUUACCGGAGGGGCCAGUUGGACGGAGUGGCAAGCUGUUCAGUGGAGAUGAGCUGCUGGAAGUGAAUGAGAUCUCUUUGCUUGGAGAAAAUCACAAGGAUGUGGUCAAUAUCUUGAAAGAACUGCCUAUUAAGGUGACAAUGGUGUGCUGUCGUCCAGUAGCUCCCCCCACCACUCACCCAGAAGUACUGGAGAGUUUAAGUCUAUCUGACGUUCAGCUCACAGAAAAGGCUCACAUAGACCUUGGAUUCAUUGGCUCCUCAGACACAGAGGGAACAGCUUUGGAAAUAACUGACGAGGGUCAGAGUGUGGAAGAGGUGCAAAGCUCAUCUUUGGCAAUGUGGGAAACAGAAGUACAGCACAUUGAGCUGGAGAAAGGGACUAUGGGACUUGGAUUUAGCAUAUUGGACUACCAGGAUCCUGUUGAUCCAGCAAACACCGUAAUUGUGAUUCGCUCAUUAGUUCCUGGGGGUGUGGCUGAGCAAGAUGGCAGACUUCUUCCCGGAGAUCGGCUUAUGUUUGUCAACAAUAUCAACUUGGAAAAUGGCAGCCUGGAGGAAGCGGUACAAGCACUGAAAGGAGCCCCAGCAGGAACAGUUAAAAUAGGAGUUGCCAAACCACUGCCUGUGGACUCCGGCGAGGCAGAUCUAGCGGAUGAGUCCACCUUUGAAUCGCAGUAUUCGCUGGAGAGUGACGUCUUCCAGGCUUCAAUGAUAGCUCUGCAUGGCAGUGCCUGUAGCGGUGAGCUGAACUACGGCUUCUCUCUUCCAUUGUCAACUCCCAAGCCUGUUGGAGAGGAAUGUUCAAAUGCUGCAGCUGAUUUCCGUGUAUCUGACAAGAACCUGUACAACAUGGAUCUGAAUCAGAGAGAGAGAGAGCAAAAGUCCGUAGUGGGCAAUAGCCUGGAAACUGCAACUGGUUUUACUAAAAAGGAUCUUCUGCCUCUGGAUGUUUCGGAUAUCAACCAAAAUGAAGGCGAAAACACAGCAACAUGGACUGGAUCUCAGACAACAGCAGAAAUUGCACUAAGUACAAGCCUUGAUACUACCAUGCAGCUUGAUCCCACUGGAAAAGAUCAAGUGCUUUUAGUGGAAAAGAGAUGCCCAGUAUCUUUGGAGGGAAGUUCCACAACCCCAAAUUCAGUCAAAAACAUGUAUGAGAAGACUAUCACUAUUGCAAAAGGCAAUUCAAGUCUAGGGAUGACAGUAAGUUCCAAUAAAGAUGGCUCAGGAAUGAUAGUCCGCAGCGUCAUCCAUGGAGGCUCAAUAAGUCGUGAUGGACGGAUUGGUGUGGGGGACUGCAUCCUGUCCAUUAAUGAAGAGUCAACCACUAACUUAACCAAUGCACAAGCCCGGGCCAUGCUAAGGAGGCAUUCGCUCAUUGGACCAGAUAUAAAAUCUUCUCCAGCACCUGCUGAUGAUCAGGCCCUCUUUUAUGUUAUUACGUAUGUGCCAGCAGAAAAUUUAGACGAGUACAGGGCCAGUUUGGGACAACAGACAGAGGGAGCUGUGCCACUUGAACUUUUUCCUUCACAUACUGUCAGCAGGGAACUCCCAGAGCUUCCAGAACGUGAAGAGGGGGAGGGAGAAGAAAGUGAACUUCAAAAUGCAGCUUUCAGUAACUGGAACCAGCCCAGAAAGGUUGAACUCUGGAGAGAGCCUAGCAAGUCACUGGGGAUCAGCAUUGUUGGAGGACGAGGAAUGGGGAGCCGCCUGAGUAAUGGAGAAGUGAUGAGAGGGAUCUUUAUCAAGCACAUCCUGGAAGACAGCCCAGCCGGCAAAAAUGGAACGCUGAAAACUGGAGAUCGGAUUGUGGAGGUGGAUGGAAUUGACCUCAGAGAUGCCAGCCACGAACAAGCUGUGGAAGCCAUACGGAAGGCAGGCAAUCCUGUAGUCUUUAUGGUACAGAGCAUUAUAAGCAGACCAAGGGCAUUCAGUCAGUCCGAUUUAGAGCCAGAAAAGACUUCGCUUUGUAACUUGCCUCUGCCCCCUCCUUCAGCAUUUUCAGGAAUGAGCUGUGAUGUUGCACAGUCAUCUUUUAGCAGAGUCCCAGAGGAUGUGGAGAAGGAGGAUGAGUUCGGUUACAGCUGGAAAAAGAUCGUGCAACGCUAUGGAAAUCUACUGGGGGAGCUACACAUGAUUGAGCUGGAAAAAGGAAGGACAGGUCUGGGACUUAGCCUUGCUGGUAACAAAGACCGAUCCAGGAUGAGUGUCUUUAUAGUGGGAAUUGAUCCAAAUGGAGCAGCUGGCAAAGAUGGCAGGUUACAGAUUGCAGAUGAAUUACUGGAGAUAAAUGGGCAAAUACUCUACGGAAGGACUCAUCAGAAUGCUUCCUCAAUAAUCAAAUGUGCACCAUCUAAAGUAAAAAUAAUCUUUAUCAGAAAUAAAGAUGCAGUAAAUCAGAUGGCUGUUUGCCCUGCAAAAUCAAUAGAGGCUUCACAGUGUACUUUAGGGAGUCUUCAACAUCAAGAGAUUGAUAUCAGUGCUGCAAACUCCAGUGCUUGUUCUGACUUCAGUUCACGUAAAAACAUUCAGUAUGUGGAACUUCCUAAGGAUCAAGGAGGCUUGGGAAUUGCCAUUAGUGAAGAAGACACAAUUAAUGGAGUAGUUAUUAAGAGCUUAACAGAUCAUGGUGCAGCAGCAAAGGAUGGACGAAUCAAAGUUGGAGAUCAGAUCCUGGCAGUGGAUGAUGAAAUUGUUGUGGGAUAUCCAGUAGAAAAGUUUAUUAGUCUCCUGAAGACAUCCAAAACUAUGGUGAGGCUUACAAUCAACUCAGCAGAGACGGAUAGCCUGACUGCAGCACCAGUCCCUUCCAGCACUGCCCCAGCAGAGAGGAGGAAUAUGCAGCCGCCAGCAACUGUCCCUUCUUCAAGCUCACCAGAACCAGAAGCAGUCAAAAAUACAAGCAGGUCUUCAACUCCAGCCACGUUAGCUUCUGACCCAGCUACUUGUCCCAUCAUUCCUGGAUGUGAAACAACCAUUGAUAUUUCCAAAGGGAGGACUGGUCUUGGUCUGAGCAUUGUUGGAGGAGCAGACACUUUGCUGGGAGCAAUCAUUAUCCAUGAAGUAUAUGAAGAAGGAGCAGCAUCUAAAGAUGGGAGACUGUGGGCUGGGGAUCAGAUAUUAGAGGUGAAUGGGAUUGACCUCAGGAAUGCCACACACGAUGAAGCAAUAAAUGUCCUCCGACAGACUCCCCAAAAAGUUCGCCUGACUGUGUACAGAGAUGAGGCCCAGUACAAGGAGGAAGACAUGUAUGAUGUACUCAAUAUAGAGCUCCAAAAGAAGCCUGGCAAAGGCCUUGGGCUGAGUAUUGUUGGGAAAAGAAAUGAUACGGGGGUGUUUGUGUCAGACAUCGUCAAAGGAGGAAUAGCAGAUACAGAUGGGAGAUUAAUGCAAGGAGACCAGAUAUUGACAGUGAAUGGAGAAGAUGUUCGAAAUGCUAACCAGGAGGCUGUUGCAGCUUUGCUAAAGUGUUCAUUAGGUACGGUAAGACUAGAGGUCGGAAGAAUAAAAGCUGGUCCAUUCCACUCUGAGAGGAGAACAUCCCAGAGCAGCCAGGUCAGUGAAGGAAGCGGCAGUCUCUCAUCGUUCAGUUUCCCGGUUUCUGGGUCCAGUGCACCUGAGGUCUUUGAAAGUGGUCUGAAGAAGAAUACCACAGCUUCUGAAAUACAGGGACUAAGAACAGUUGAAAUAAAAAAGGGCCCUGCAGAUUCACUAGGAGUGAGCAUUGCUGGAGGUGUAGGAAGUCCUCUUGGAGAUGUUCCUAUAUUUAUUGCCAUGAUGCAUCCAAAUGGAGUUGCAGCUCAGACUCAGAAACUCAGAGUUGGGGACAGGAUUGUUAGCAUCUGUGGAACAUCUACUGAGGGCAUGACUCACUCCCAAGCUGUUAGUCUGUUAAAAAAUGCUUCAGGCACUAUUGAGUUGCAGGUUGUAGCUGGAGGAGAAGUAAGUGUCAUAACUGGUCAGCAGCAGGAUCCACCUACGUCCAAUCUUUCAUUUGCGGGACUAACUUCAACCAGCAUUUUUCAGGAUGAUUUAGGACCUCCUCAGUACAAGACCAUUACUCUGGAUAGAGGACCAGACGGCCUAGGCUUUAGUAUUGUGGGUGGUUAUGGUAGUCCCCAUGGAGACUUACCCAUUUAUGUGAAGACGGUGUUUGCAAAGGGUGCAGCAGCAGAAGAUGGACGCCUGAAGAGAGGGGAUCAAAUCAUUGCUGUGAAUGGGCAGAGUUUAGAAGGGGUGACCCAUGAGGAAGCGGUUGCAAUUCUGAAAAGGACAAAAGGAACAGUCACUUUGACUGUUUUGUCGUGAACUGGCUGCCCAAAGGGCUUCACAGGACUGUGUUACAACACUGAAGAAAAAUAACAUUUAACCAUAUUUUUGUAUACAAUAGAAGUAUUUCUCUCACUGUCAAACCACUGGGAUGGAGUUAUGUCAACUAUGGAAAGACAUGGAUAUUUUUCCUACUAUUAUUAUAAUGAAUGCUUGUAAGCCACAAAAAAAAAAAAAAAAGAAUGUUUGCAUUAAUAACCACACAACAAAACUGGAAUGUUUUGCUAAGAGGCUUUGGAUAUUUGAAAUAUGUUGGAAAAAUGAUAAAGUCACCAAGUCAACAAGGGGGUGGCAUGGGCAGCAGUAGUCAGAAACAGAAAUAAGG